UAUAUGUGUGUGCCAGUAAAAUCAAGGGAGAUCAAUCUGCUUUAUUUGCAAUAGAAUAAAUAGAUCUAGAUCAGUAGAUCUACUGAUUGAUCAGACUUACUAUAAAUUAGCUAUUGAUAUAGAUCUAGAAUCUAGAUCUACUAAACUACUUUUAAUUUUAAUUAUGAUUUAAUUAAUAGGUCUAGAAUAGAAUGUCUACUUCAGGUUCAGGUGUGCCUAGGCCUACUGCACAGGAAAGCAAUCAUGGCACUAAGAAAAAUGUGAAGAGGAAAAAAAGGAUUUUUAAUGGCUGGGGCAAUUCAGAUGAUGAUGAUGGUUGGGGUGGAUUUGGAAAUUAUAUGAUUGCAAAGCAAAGGAAACUAAAUGAUCAAUUUCUUAGAGAUUGCAAAGGUCAAAGUUCCUGUAUCUUUUCAGGAAUUAUCAUUUAUGUCAAUGGCUUCACCAAUCCAUCAUCAGAUGAACUGCGGCGCCUAAUGCAAGAACAUGGUGGUGGUUAUGAUUUAUACCUCAGGAAGUCCAGAAUUACUCACAUUAUUGCAAGCAAUCUACCCAACAGUAAAUUUAAAUUAGCUAAAACAAUACCUGUAGUUAAACCAGAAUGGAUAACAGACUGUGUCAAUGCAGGAAAGCGUCUAUCCCACAUUCCUUACCUUUUACUUGGUAACCAAUCUCAAAUACAGCCAGGUCAUAGCAAGUUUUCUAAUACAAGUCCAUUCAAGUCUGGAGUAAUAAACUUAGAAGAAAAAGAACAAAAUAUGACACUUAUCAAGAAAAAAAUAUUUGAAAUAAAAUGCAAUCUUGAAGAGAGUGUGAGGUGUAACUCUGAUGCCAACAGUAGAUAUAGUAGUGAUGGUUCAAUUGCAUUAUACCAGAAUGAAUCAUUAAGUAGAAUCACAGAUAAGGAUGCAAUCAUUGUGCAAAAAGAUAAUAUCAAUGAUAAUGUAGAAGACAACAGUGAGAAGGAAAUCAUUUCUAAUUCUGAAGAUGACAAUGAAGAUGAUAGUUUGUCUGGAACUAAUAGAGUUGCAUUUGAAAGAAAGGGACUAAAAUCAAAGCUUCAUGUGUAUAGUUUAACAGAAACAAAAUCUUGUUAUCUUCAACAUCCCUUCAAAUAUGAUUGUUCUUCUAAAUCUAGUGAAUUUUUAAAAUGUGAAUCUUUGGAUGACAAUAAUAUUUUGUUACAAGAUCAACAUUUGAGUAAAGGUCUGGUGUUAAAUAAUUCAAAUCUGUGUGUUUUGGGUCAUAAAUCAAAAAGUUUGUCUACAAGCAAAAAUCUAAUGCAUUCAUUAAUAAAGUGUACUUCCACUAGUUCUAAUUCUGACAGAUUAUCUAAACUAAAAUCUAGCAGCAUAGCUGAUGCUAACAGAUUAUCUGAUGUCAUAUCUACCAAUAAAAAUGAUGCUGACAGAUCAGCUGAUUUCAUACCUACCAAUAAAAUUGAUGCUGACAGAUCAGAUGAUUUCAUACCUACCAAUAAAACUAAUGCUGAAAGAUUAUCUGAUUUUAAGACUAUCUAUGCAUCUAAUACUGAUAAAUCAUCUAGUUUCAAAUCAUCUAGAUCUUGUAUAUCCUGUGACCAUCCAGAAGUUUUCAAAUCACCCCUCAAAUCUUUAAUACCCAAAACAAGUGACAAAAACUUCUUAAAUGAAUUCUAUUCCAACUCACGACUACAUCAUAUUUCAAAGUGGAAAGCUCAACUCAAAGCUUAUGUUGCUGAUCUACACAAGUCCGAAACUGUUUUCCCCAGACGAGAACAACUCAGACAAGCACACAUUGAAAAUGUAUCUAAGUUAGGACAGCCAGAAACUUUAGUAUCCAGUAAACCUAGUAUUUGUGAACAAACUGUUAUGCAUAUUGAUAUGGAUUCAUUCUUUGUAUCUGUGGGAUUAUUAUCUCGGCCAGAAUUAAAAGAUCAGCCUGUAGCUGUGACACAUUUCAAAGGUCACUUGGCUCAGCCUAGUCCAGACUCCAAUUUAGAGUGGGAGGAAUCACAAUGGUUGAAAAAGCAACAGAAAAUAUUAAAAGGAAAAACAAACAUAUCAGCAGUUAUAAAGACACAGUCCAAGGUAGAAGAUAUUUUGAAGGUCCCUACAGGAUCAAAGUCAUCAUACUCUUUGUCUGAAAUUGCCUCCUGCAGUUAUCAGGCUAGGCAGGCAGGAGUAAAAAAUGGAAUGUUUAUGGGUCAAGCCCUUAGAUUAUGUCCUAACCUACAAACAAUCCCAUAUGAUUUUGAAGCUUACAACAGAGUUUCUAGAGCAUUCUAUGAUGUAGUUGCCAGCUUUACACAUGAUAUUGAAGCAGUCAGUUGUGAUGAAAUGUUUAUUGAUGUGACUGACAUUUUGACUGACACUGGGGCUACUGCCAUGGAACUAGCAUCAGUACUGAGAGCUGAGGUCAAGGACAAGACAGGAUGUUCAGCUUCAGUUGGGAUAGGUCCUAACAUGUUAUUGGCCAGAUUGGCAACUAGAAAAGCAAAGCCCUGUGGUCAGUAUCAGGUGCUAACCCUUGAAGCUAAAGAAUUUAUUCAAGAAUUAUCAGUCAGAGAUUUGCCAGGCAUUGGCUACUCUUUAGCUAACAAGCUUUCUAAACUAGGAGCUACAACUUGUGGCCAAUUACAAAAAAUCUCGCAACUUACUCUUCAGAUAGAAUUUGGUCCCAAAAUGGGAGAAUUACUUCAUAGAUUUAGCUUAGGUCAGGAUGAUCGCCAAGUACAGAGUAAUAAACUCAGGAAAUCAGUUUCAGCAGAAGUUAACUAUGGAAUCAGGUUUUCUAAGGAAUUUGAAAUGGUCAAUUUCCUCCAAGAAAUGGCAAGUGAAGUCAAGAAAAGGAUGGAUACCAUUAAAGUAAAAGGUCGUGGUAUUACUCUCAAACUGAUGGUGAGAAGACCAGAUGCUCCUAAGGAAACAGCUAAAUAUAUGGGUCAUGGCAUCUGUACCACAUUGAACAAAUCCUGUAACUUGCCUAUACCAACAAAUGAUGUCAAUGUUAUAGCUAAAGAAUUAAUUUCCAUGUACAGAGCACUGCACUUGUCUGUCUGUGACAUUAGAGGGGUUGGUAUCCAAAUAAACAAACUUGAUAAUGAUGUUUCAGCAAAGGGAAAUAAUCAUAAAGAUGGACAGAGACAUCAGAGUAUACUAUCUUUCACUACUGUAAAUAAUAAAAAUCGGAAUACCUCCCCAUGUUCUACACUUCCUAAAACAUGUACUGAAGAAUCUAAUGAAAUAACUUUCACAAAAAUCACAGCUCAACCCGACAGUUCUAUCAAGACAUUUACUCUAGUCCAAAGUUACAAUGAAUCAAGAAAAAUUCUUGAAAACAAUGAACAUCUAUUGCAAUCUUCUGCAGAAGGAGAACAUACUAAUUCAACAAAUUUUACAGAUAAUGAAAAUGAUAAGAUUAUAGUGAAAACAAACAAGAAACAGACAGAAUUUAAUAAAGCUGGCCCAAGCUCUAUGACGUAUGUUGACUGUAGUGACAACACAUACAUGCUUUCAGAAUCUCAGUUAGAUCCUCAAGUUUUGAAAGAAUUACCUGAAGAUCUUGCUCAAGAGAUUUUAGAAACUGUAAGACAGCGAAAGAAAAUAACCACAGUUGUGAACAGCAAGCAUCAAAGCUCUGAUGCUAUUGAUCUUGAAUUACCACCUGCAUCUCAGGUAGAUGUCAACUGUCUUCAAGCCUUACCUUUAUCUCUUCAGAAUGAGCUCCAACAUUAUUAUCAGCAAAAUCAAAUUUCUGCUAAGAAGAAACAUGUUUUCCCUGUUUGUAAUUCACCUCUCAAAGGACAACCUGAACUAAUAAAUGCUACUAAAAAGAAAGGAAAAAAAGGCCGCCCACCAGGCAAGAAAAGCAUUAAUUUUGGAAGCAACAUUGUCAAAAAAGCUGAGCAGAAUGUAGCCACAGGUCAGUCUGAUUUCACAAUAAGACAUGUACAAUUAACUCAAAGAAAGCAUUCUGCACAAUCACAGACAAUGAUUGAUCAGAUCCCAGAAGCUGAAGAUAUUUCUCUCUGCAAUGCUAAACAAGUGGAAGAGGUGAGGAGAUUGUUGAAAGAGUGGUGGGACUCUUGUUCAGAACCACAAGCUGAAGAUAUUGAAAUAGUGACUAGAUAUUUCAUUCAACUAAUUCGCUUAGACAAUUUAGAACAGGCUUACUGCAUUUUGAAAUUUAUUAAGAGGACUCUUUUGAAACUGAACAACUUGCAGUGGAAAGAAUGUAUGAAACGAGUGAUUACAAGUGUUCAGGAUGCUAUACAGGCCAGUUAUAAGGCUCAAUUGAAGUUGUGAUCUACUUUUGGAGUUGUUACUGAAUUCCCUUGAUCCUGAACUGUAAUAUUCUGUAAAACAUACACAUGCAAAAUGAAAUAUUUUUUUUUAUCAUUUUUUUGUGUAUAAAUGUAUAAUAUUUCCAACUCUUUAUUGAUUAGUUAUUGAAGGAAGGCACAGGCUUUUGAUUUUUAAACAAUAAUUUUUGAAAGAUAUCAGCUGAUAUCAACUAGAAGUUCAUUAUACACAAUUUUGUAAAGAAAACGUAAAUUAUCUAAAUUUACAUUGUUUUUCUUUAUUUAGUCUUAUAAUAAAUUGUUAGAUCUUGUACAAGCCAAAUACUUCAAAUUUUUAAGUAAAGUUAAGUGAGAUAAGAUUGUUGCAUUAAAUUAAAUGAUUGAUGAAUAUUUUCAGAUAAAUUUUAGUAUUGCAACAAUUGUACUUCUUUUAGAGUAUUCAUUUUUCUUUGCCAAAAAGUGUCAUUGGGCAGGUAAAGAAAAAUACUUUCCGUUACAAACAUGUGGCCAGCACAAUGCUUCAAUUAAUCUAGGGUAGCCUUUCCAUUUAUUUUGGGUGCAAAUCAGAUCAACCCAAAUAAAAUAUUAGCUUCAAUUGACAGACAUAUCUCAAUUUUUGUUUUUUCAAGAACAAAAAUUGUUAAUAUUAUUUGCAAUUAAAUAUUCAUUAAUGUUUUUCAGUUAAUAUUUUUAAAUAUUUUUAGAAUGAGUACACUUGGUUGUUACCCUACAGAAACUUGUUGCCUACCAUAGUUCACAGGAAACUUGUAUCAACUAGAAUUCAUUUUAUUUAAUGUCUAAACAGCUGCCAUACAAAAGACUUAAAAUUUAAAAAAAGAAAUAUUUUGUUAACAAUUUUUAAUUUUUUUAUGCUUGAUCAAUUCUUAUUAAUCAGUGCAAUAUCUUUUGGCUGCAUCCAAUAUGACUUUGACUUUAGACCAGCUGUCUUCCAGACUCAAAUAUUUUCUGAUAGUAUGUUUCCUCAGUCUUAUAUCCUGUUAACAACAAACAAAAUAGGAAGUUUUAUUAUAGGAUUAAUAUAAUGUACAUUAUAUAUAUAUAUAUAUAUAUAUAUAUAUAUAUAUAUAUAUAUAUAUAUAUAUAUAUAUAUAUAUAUAUAUGAGAUAAUUUUUAUUGGUCCAAUCAAAUGGAAAUUCAGUUUGACUACAUUUGACCUCAGCGUAACUACUGUAAAAGUAAAGUUCCCCUUUCAGACCUUGUGGUCUAUAGGGCAGAUGAUGUAAAGGUCAUCUGUUUCUGUAGCCUAUAGUUAACGAGGGUGUUAUGUGGCCAGCACAAUGACCAACCACCUUUUCUUUCCCCAACAGGUACCCAUUAGAGCUGGGGGGACUCAGAGGCGUCCGUAGAUCCCAAAAUUAAAAAUCCCAGGAUUCAAACCCCAGACCCCUGUUCAGAAGCCAAGCGCUUUAUCGCUCAGCCACAGCACCUCGUAACUAUUGUACUAAUAACAAUAUUGAUGCAACUACCAACAUCAUUCACACACGAAACACAUACACACUUACAACCAGCACUUUAUGAAUUUGACUUCUAUCUUACUUCUAUGUACUUCUCGAUGACCACAAAUGACCUUGUAACACUGACCGAAAGUGGAUAAAGGAGUUUUUAAAUCUUUCUGUUUUAGUCAAAAUGGAAAGGAGACAAUCUGAUGUAACAGUGGUUUAAUGGGUGCAGGUUGUCUUUAUAUAUAUUUUUUUUUCAUAAUGUGGUUAGGACUUGCUAGAUGAGUCUGUAUUUGUAAAGUGUUUUUUAAUGAUGUGCAAUAUUUAAUAACCUACAAUAUUUGAAUUUAUUUGUUAAAAAUAAAAUGAUUACAAACAGCCAA